AUGGGGAGGGAGACCCGCCGCCGCCUCCUCCUCCUCGUCGUCCUCCUCGCCGCCGCCGCCGCCGGGGCCGAGUCGGCGGACGCGGACGCCAUCCGCGAGCUGGCCAGGUCGGUGCCGGCCCUGGGGCGGCUGUGGGCGGGCACCGACGUGUGCGCCUUCGAGGGGGUCACCUGCGAGCGGGGCGGGUCCGGGAAGGUGACGGCGCUCAACCUCGCCGACAAGGGGCUGGCCGGGACGCUGCCGGCCUCGCUCUCCGACCUCACCUCGCUCACGGCGCUGCAGCUGCAGGGGAACGCGCUCUCCGGGGACGUCCCUUCCCUCGCCGGGAUGGGCUCCCUCACCCGCCUCGCGCUCGACGGGAACGCCUUCGCCUCCCUCCCCGGGGACUUCCUCAAGGGGCUCACCUCGCUGCAGUACCUCAGCAUGGACGACCUGCCGCUCCGCCCCUGGUCCGUCCCCGACGCCAUCGCCGACUGCUCCUCCCUCGACACCUUCUCCGCCUCCAAUGCCUCCAUCACGGGCGCCUUCCCCGCCGUCCUCGCCAGCCUCCCCUCGCUCAGGUACCUGCGCCUCUCGUAUAACAACCUCUCCGGCGACCUGCCCGCCGCGUUGUCGGCGCUCAUUGCCAUGGAGAGCCUGCAGCUCAACAACCAGAAGUCGGACGACAAGCUGUCGGGGCCGAUCGAUGUCAUCGCCGCGAUGAAGAGCCUCAAGCUGCUGUGGAUUCAGUCCAACAGGUUCACGGGCCCGAUCCCUGAUUUGAGCGGCUCGCAGCUCGAAUCCUUCAAUGUCAGGGACAAUAUGCUCACUGGUGUGGUGCCGGCCUCGCUCACAGGCUUAGCGACCUUGAAGAAUGCCUCUCUGUCAAACAAUAAUUUUCAGGGGCCACGGCCAGUGUUUGCUAUACAGGUGGACAUGGAUACUGGGAAUGGGUUUUGUCAAAUCAGUGCUUCCACUCCAUGUGCUCCGCUGACAACCACUCUUCUUGAGGUGGCUAAAGGGUUUGGAUACCCUUAUGAGCUUGCUAAGACGUGGACAGGGAAUAAUCCAUGUAACCCAGCCUGGUCUGGUGUUGUCUGCGCUUCUUCGGAUGUAGUCACUAUCAACUUGUCUAAUAAGAACUUGUCAGGUACGAUAUCGCCUGCUUUUGCAAACCUGACGAGGCUUGGGAGGCUGGAUCUUUCGAAUAAUAACAUCACAGGGGUGAUACCGGAUGCUUUGAAUACAUUGCCAAGCCUUACAGUUCUUAAUGUUGCAAAUAACGGACUCACUGGCCAAGUGCCCAAGUUUAAGCCAUCAGUUAGUGUCCUUGCUGACGGAAACCGGUUUGGACAAUCAAGUGAUAGCAGUGGAGGAGGAGGUGGUUCUGAUGGUGGCUCUUCAUCGUCGAGUUCUGCAGGUGGAGGAAAGCCAAAGUCAAAUAAGGGAAUGAUUAUUGGAAUUAUUGUAGCUGUGAUUCUUCUUUUGGCUUGCGUUGCGCUUUUGGUGCAUCAUCGAAAGAAGAAGAAGAAUGUAGAGAAGUUCAGACCUGUCUCAACCAAAACCUCUCCUGCUGAAUCCGAGAUGAUGAAGAUUCAGGUGGUUGGAACAAAUGGCAAUAGCAACGGAAACAGCACAGUCCCAACUGAGCUUUACAGCCAUGUAAGUACUGCUAACAGUGCAAACAUUGCUGAGAUGUUUGAGUCCCAUGGAAUGCAGUUGCCAAUUGAAGUGCUGCUAAAGGCCACAAACAACUUUAGUGAGGAUUGCAUCUUAGGUAGAGGGGGGUUUGGUGUGGUUUUCAAGGGUAGUCUCAAUGGAAAGCUAGUAGCUGUAAAGAGGUGUGACGGUGGUGCCAUGGGGACUAAAGGGCAGCAAGAAUUCUUGGCUGAAAUUGAUGUUCUUAGGAAAGUAAGGCACCGGAACUUGGUUGCACUACUUGGUUACUGCACCCAUGGCUAUGAGAGGCUCUUGGUCUAUGAGUACAUGUCUGGUGGAACAUUACGCGAGCAUCUCUGUGAUCUUCAGCAGAGUGGGUAUAACCCUCUUACAUGGACACAGAGAAUGAUAAUAGCUUUGGAUGUUGCUAGGGGGAUAGAAUAUUUGCAUGGCUUGGCACAGGAAACUUUCAUCCAUAGAGAUUUGAAGCCCUCCAAUAUAUUGCUGGACCAAGAUUUAAGAGCUAAGGUUUCAGACUUUGGGUUGGUCAAGCUUGCUAAAGAUACUGAUAAGUCAUUGAUGACAAGAGUUGCUGGAACAUUUGGGUACCUUGCGCCUGAAUAUGCUACUACAGGGAAAGUUACUACAAAAGUUGAUGUGUAUGCAUAUGGUGUUAUACUAAUGGAGAUGAUUGCUGGAAGGAAAGUACUUGAUGAUUCCCUACCUGAUGAUGAAACACAUCUUGUAACAAUCUUCCGAAGAAAUCUGCUUGACAAGGAGAAGUUCAGGAAGUUUGUAGAUCCCACGCUGGAGCUCAGUGCAGAAGCUUGGAAGAGCUUGCUGGAGGUAGCCGACCUUGCCCGCCAUUGCACAGCAAGAGAACCUUACCAGAGGCCAGACAUGUGCCACUGUGUGAACCGGCUAUCCAGCCUGGUUGAUCAAUGGAAGCCUACAAACGUUGACGAAGAUGACUACGAGGGUGAGACAAGCGAGAUGGGCCUCCACCAGCAACUAGAGAAAUGGAGAUGUGAUGAUUUCACUAUUUCCGAUUCAGAUACAUCUACCUCAUUCAACAUACCAAGAAAGUACAACUGAUAAUUUCACAAGGGCAACCCUGUGAUGCCAUGUAUAAAGGUGGGAACAGAGUAAUGCCACAUCAAGAGGCUAUCUUUAGCUCUUUCGACCGCGGACAGCAGUGAAGGUGCGUGCCAGAUCCUGUAAUUAGCCCAUUGAGAACCAGAAAUGCUUGAUGAUCAGCAUGUCACUCUCUGGUAAAUUAAUGACGAGAUAGGAUUGGUUUACUGGUUUGUAAGCUUAUUUUGCUGUCCCUAGCUUGGUCGGUCAGUCAUUUCGUAGUGCUAGUCACAUCGAGGAGAUGAACAUUUGUUCUUGAAUGGAUAAAUAGCAAAACUAGGCGUGGUCAAGUGGUUCUGCUUGACAGGGGGUAGGAUUUAGAACGGUCGUUUUGUGAACUGUCAACCAUGAGGUAUUCUUUUUGCUCGUUAUCUGUAUUCGCAAUGUACAUGCCUGAAAUUUUACCUGAUUUCCAUGCUUCUGUUGAAAUGCAA